AUGAAUGUGAUGGCUGAAGCGUUGCAACGGCACUUUGCUGGAAUUGAUUUCAGAGAACGUAAAUGCGGGACAUCAGAUAGACGAACAUAUGAGGGACGAAGGUUUUCAAUGUCAAGCAUACCGUGGAGCGGGCGUAAUAUUCCAUCCGGAGUUUCAGUUCAUCAGGGCGGGAAAUCAAUGGACAGCCUGUGGAAGCGCGCAUGGAUGGAUAAAAUGGGAAGCAGUGAUAAGGCUGGCAAUCGAGGAGAGCCAGCGACUCCAAGGGACGGAGCGGCGGUCGAAAUACAAGCACUGGCUUAUAGUGUGCUGAAUGCGAUGUCUGAAUGGGCCAACGCUGGUGUCAUAAACAAGAAUGGAGUCUCCAGUGGUGAUGAAUCCUGGGCUUGGUCAGAGUGGGCAGAAAAGAUCAAGAGUAAUUUCGAGCAGCAGUUCUUUAUUGACGAGAAUCAUGAUGGCCAAUUUGUGAAUCAAAGGAAUAUACUGAAGGACACUGUUGGCUCGACUCUCGAAUUCACGGAUUAUCAACUCAGAUGCAAUUUCGUCGUCGCCCUUGCUACGGUAGGUCGUCGUUUCUCAGUCUUUGCGUUUCUCAGUGCUUGGGUUGAGUCAUGUACGAAGAGAGGGUUCCGAAGCCAUGCC